GGGAGGGGUUGACGACACCAUCACGAAACAUCAAAGCCGUAGACCGAAACCAAAGGAGUGAAGAGAGGUGUUCAUAGACUAUAUGAAUCUACUAUCGAAGACCCUCACGCGUCUCCACAGAACACUCGCAAUGUCUCCCGGCGUAUCACUCAAAGAUCUCCCGAAGUCCGCAGCCUUCACAUCACGCCUCCCACCCGACGCGGCCUUCCCGACGCCCGCCGCCUCCGCCGCCGCACCCGCAAGCAAGCUCGGACCUCGCCUGGUCAGGGAAGCACUAUACACCUACGUCCGGCCAACCUCGUGCACCAAGACCCCCGAGCUUCUCGCCGUUUCUCCCGCCGCCUUCCAAUCCCUCGGCCUCUCCCUUUCGGAAGCCGAAAACCCCGAAUUUGUACAUCUCGUCGCCGGCAACGGCACAUACGAAGAUGGCGCGGACGAGAACGGCAUAUACCCCUGGGCGCAAUGCUACGGCGGAUGGCAAUUCGGCCAGUGGGCGGGACAGCUGGGCGACGGGCGCGCGAUUUCGCUGUUCGAGGGGACGAAUCCCGAGACGGGUGAAAGAUACGAAGUGCAGCUCAAGGGCGCGGGACAAACCCCGUACUCGCGCUUCGCGGAUGGAAGAGCGGUGCUCCGGAGCUCGAUCAGGGAGUUUGUUGUGAGCGAGUACUUGAACUCGAUCGGGAUUCCGUCGACACGGGCACUGGCGUUGACACUUCUGCCUGGUGAGCAGGUGGCGAGGGAACGCAUGGAGCCGUGCGCGAUUGUCACGAGGAUGGCGCAGAGCUGGAUCAGGAUCGGCACGUUUGACCUUUUCCGGUUCCGAGGGGAUAGGGUGCGGUUGAGGGUACUGUCGGAUUAUGUGCGCGACGAGGUGUUGCGGAUGCCAAAGCAGGAGGGCGUGGAUGAGCAGGGCCGGAAUCGAUACGAAAACAUGUACCGCGAGAUCGUGAGGAGGAACGCAAAGACCGUGGCGAUGUGGCAGGUCUAUGGCUUCAUGAAUGGCGUGUUGAAUACCGACAACACAUCUGUCCUCGGCCUGUCGCUGGACUUCGGCCCGUUCGCUUUCAUGGAUGCUUUCGAUCCCAGCUACACGCCCAACCACGACGAUCACAUGCUCCGCUACAGCUUCAGGAACCAACCCACGAUAAUCUGGUGGAACCUGACACGACUGGGUGAAGAUCUCGCGGAGCUACUCGCUGUGCCGGACAUCGACGAUCCAGUAUUCAUCGCCGAGGGCGUUAAAGAGGCCGCUGUCGACGAGCUCGUCAGCCGCGCAGAGGCAAUCCUCGAGGAUAUUGGAAACGAGUACAAGACUGUGUUCCUCACCGAGUACAAAACCCUGAUGGCGCAGCGAAUGGGCUUCAAGACUUGUAAGGAAACGGACAUGGACACCAUGUUCUCUCCGUGUCUGGACCUGAUGCAAAAGUUUGAGCUGGACUUCCACCACGUCUUCCGAAGACUUGCGGAGGUGCCGGUGCGCGGAAUCGAUUCGGCCAGCGAGGAGGAUAAUAGCCAACUCGCCAAGUCAUUCCACUACAACUCGAUCGCUGACCAAGAUGGAGCCGACCAGGCGAUACUUGAGUUUCUGCGCAGCUACGCUGCACGGCUUGCAGAGGAGGGAGUAGAAGACUCUGACCGCAUUCCCGCCCAGAAGAAGCUCAACCCCAAGUUCGUCCCAAAGAACUGGGUGCUGGAUGAAAUCAUUCAGAGGGUUGAGAAAAAGGGUGAUCGGCAGGUGCUGAAGGAUGUGAUGAAGCUGGUAAUGAGGCCGUUUGAUGAUACCUGGGAGGGGGUGGACGACGCCCAGAGGUGGUGUGGUGAAGUGCCGGAUGAUAGCAGGUCUACUCAGUGUAGUUGCUCGUCUUAGGUGCUCAUGUAUCAGCUGGGGAUAUACGAUACUUGUGUUGGGUGGUCAGCAUUUGCUUUGUGGUUACUUCCAGUCGGAAAACUCUUGGGACUGUCCGAAUUAUCAUGCAUAAAACGAGUUUGUGAUGAUCUAACUUGUGGCGGUGUAGGUACCCACUUGGCCAGAUGUUCACACCCAAUCACUCACCCUCCAAACUUCACGCCACCAGUAUUCUAACUUCUCCUCAGAUACCAGCCCAGCUCGGGAUAUAGCCUUGCGGGCAUUACCAUAGUCUAUGUAGUUAUAAGCAGAUAGGUUGCAUGUAAUUAACGAUGAAAUAAAAACAC